GGAAGCUGUCGGCGCUGCCUGACCUAGCCCUAGCUUCUCUCUAGAUUCGUCUCUAGCCUGGUAAGCUCUAUCCCUUACAUCUCUCAUAAAUCGAUUUCGAUGAAUUCAAGGUUUCAAUUUUGAUGCAGGUGACUUGGACAGUUGGAUUGAGACAACUACAAUACCAUUUGGAGCUUUGAUUUUCUGACGAUUAUUUCUCUUAUGAAAUGACAGAGUUUUUCUUUGUGGACAUGACCACAUUUGUAGAUGACUACUUCACAAAUCCAAAAGAGCAUGUCUAUGACUGGAGAGGCGUCAUUCCUUGAGAGGAUUACCUCUCAAAACUCUUCAAGUGAGUAGGAGUUUUAGAAGUAUGGUCAUUAGCAGCUUCAAGUGAUGGAUCGUCUGUACAAUUUCUGCAAUGCUGAGACAAUGGAGCUAUAAAGAACAACUAAUGAAUUGAUAUUCCUAGCCUACUCAAACAUGUCAAAGAACAAAAAGAUGCUAAGGGCUAAAGAGAUGACAUCAAAAGGACUGCGUAUAGUUUCUAAGGCAAUUUUAGAUGAAAGAGAUUUAGUUUUGAUGCUUGGAAUGAACAAAUGCACAAAUUUUUGACUUGGAAAGAUCGGUUACAAAUAGCAAUAGAUGCUGCACAAGGACUGGAAUAUUUGCACUAUGGUUGCAAGCCGCCCAUAAUCCACAGGGAUGUCAAGUUGACAAAUAUCCUGCUGAAUGAAUAUCUUCAAGCUAAACUAUCAGAUUUUGGCCUAUCCAAGAGUUUUCCAACUAAUGAUGGCAGUCAUGUAUCAACUCUUGUUGUUGGCACUCCAGGGUACCUUGAUCCUGAUAUCAAGCAUGACCGUUAAACAAGCAUUUGGCAAAGCUUAUUUAGUUGGUAAAGGCAGUUGCUCAUUGUGUGGCAUUGCUGACUAUGAAGUUGGAGGAUCAAGAUUUUUGGGGAAGGCAAUUACUCCUCAGCAAGAACAACCAGCUGAAUAGAAAAACAACUGAUGAAGUAUUGCUAAAGAGUUAAGACAGUGUAGUUGCAAGAACACAAGAAACCUUCAGUUAUACUUGUGAGGAGAAUAAUUAGAUAAAAGAGAUGUAUGGAAUGAGAUCAAAUGAUCUCCAAAUUCAUGUAUGAGUAUUUGAGAGAUGUUACUUGUAUGAUAUAUUUUACAGGCCAUCAACUUGAAUUCAUAUAAUGAGAUUGAAAUUAAUGU